GAAAGCUUUGGCAGCGGAGCGAGAGACAAGUGCUGAACCAUGAAACGUGCGAGCCCCAUUCCUACGAGCCUGACUCAGACUUAACCGCUAAUCGGGUCGAUUCCCGUCCGCUUUAACCCCACGGUUCUCCCCUCGCUGAAUCUGUGCGCGACCUGGGACAUGGAGCGGCAGAGCCCAGGGGAGAGGCGGGCGGAUACUAACAGGACCGUAGCCCCCGCCCCCGCCGCCGCCGCCACCACCACCACCGCCCCCACCACGUCGGCUGCAGUCACCGUGGCAACAGUCAGCGCCAGCAGCAGCACCACGUGCAUCCGGGCGCCCUCGGCUUCCCUCGGCAUCGUCCCGUCGGACAGGCAGGCAGUCCAGGUGAUCCAGCACGCCAUCCACAGACCUCAGAGCAUGGCGGCCCAGUACCUGCAUCAGAUGUACGCGGCCCAGCAGCAGCACCUCAUGCUGCAGACGGCAGCCCUGCAGCAGCACCAGCACAACCCCCAUCUGCAGAGUCUGGCAACCAUACAGCAGGCUUCAGUCUGUCAGAGGCAGUCUCCGUCUUCAUCUACUGGCAGUUUGGUUCAACCUGCUGGUGGUUCCCAAAGCUCGAUCACAUUACCAGCGUCUCCAGUGGCAGCCCAGCUGAUUGGCCGCACCCAAACAUCCAACUCCACUGCUGCUGCAACCACCAUAUCGCAGCAGGCCAUGCUCCUGGGAAACAGACCCACCAACUGUAACCAAGCUCAGAUGUACCUUCGAACUCAGAUGCUUAUUCUAACUCCUGCAGCCCCUGUGGCUGCAGUUCAGUCAGACCUCCCUGCUGUCACCUCCUGCUCCUCUUUACCUACCUCCUCUCAGGUGCAGAAUCUGGCUCUGCGUGCCCACUUGCCUGGAGCUCUGGCUACAGCCCACAGUGUCAUCCUAAAGCCGCCGGCCCAGUCCCAAGCCUUGUCUCCAGCUGCCUCUUUGUCCAAGACGUCAGUCUGUGCUCUGAAGACCGGCCAGUUGACUGACACCUCAACUGAAACAGGUCAGCCUGGACCCCAGAUUAUAACCCCAGUGCAGACCCACGCUCUGGUCAAGCAGCAGCUGUCCUGUCCAUCAGGCCAGCGGGUAGCACACCACCAGCUCAUCCUCCAGCAGGCCACAGCGGGCGCUCUCAACCACAGACAGCUCCAGCCCAUUGCCCUCAGAGUGGCCCCCCAAGAGACCAACUCCAGCCCUCUUCCUCUUUCAGUCAAAAGACUGACCGCUCUCAGCACCCAGUCACAAACCAACAGUGACCCCCAAGCCCCCUCUUCUUCUUCUUCUUCUUCUUCUUCUUCUUCGUCUUCUUUUUCUUCUUCUUCUUCUUUUUCUUCUUCCUCUUCUUCUUCGUCUGUCACCAGCGUGUUUGCAUCAUCAGCUCAGACCUCAAUCCCAGCUGCCACCGUUCAGCCUCAGCCUCCUCCUCUGGUGGCCGCUCCACAGCGUCGGCUCUCGUUCCCACAAGUGCAGAAUCAGCCUCCGCCUCCUCCUCCACCUCUGGUUCUCCCCAGGCUGCCCAAGAACCCCCCAGCCUCCCUCCAGAGGUUGUCCAUGCACUCCGUCCAGGCUUUGGCCGUCCAGUCGGGGCAGGUGCUGCUGACAGAGCAGGAGCUCCCUGUGGCGGAGGCCCUGGUCCAGAUGCCCUACCAGAACCUGCCUCCUCCUCAGACGGUGGCUGUCGAUCUGAAAGUGCAUCCGGUCAGACGCAAUGAAACUCCAUCGUCGGGGCAAACAUGCAAAGUGAAUGGACUGAGCUCAGAGGAGAGGAAAGAUGAAUGUUGUCCAAGUCGACAGAGAGACAGGACCCCUAUACCCCUCGUUGUGGCUCAUAAGCAGAACGGUACAGCAGUGAUGGGUUCAUCCCCCAUCAUCUCCAGUCACUCAGUGAUCAGGUCACCACAGGUGGAGGAGCCCUCCCAGCUCACCACCACCACCAACAGUAGCUGCAGCAGCACUAGCAGCAGCAGCAGCAGCAACCCUCCUCCUCCACCUCCUCCUCUGCCUCCUCCCAUCCUUCCUGCUGCAGUCAGAGGCCCCAGCCAGCCUCCCUCUGCCCCGGCCAGCCUCCCAGGAAGCCCCGACAGGAUACUUACAACCCAUGUCCUCACACACCUCAUAGAGGGCUUUGUCAUCAGAGAGGGCCUGGAGCCAUUCCCGGUGGGUCCUUCCUCGCUCUUAGUAGACCAGCAGGCUUCACUUCCAGAGUCCCAGGAGAUACACACCAACGGGGAUGCAGCGGCAGAGGACAGUCCUCUGGAUGCUGACCAGUCAGAUUCAACAGACUCUGAGAUGGAAAACGAUGGCCCUACAGCAGAUGUUGCAGAGCUGGGGGAGAGUGUGCUGCAGUGUGAAUACUGCGGGAGCAGAGGUUAUGCUCAGACGUUUCUGCGCUCCAAACGCUUCUGCUCCAUGACGUGUGUCCGAAGGUUCAAUGUGAGCUGCACCAAGCGAAUCACCAUACUGAGAGCGGGCCGCUGGGGUCACAGGCCAACGGGCAGGAGAGGACGACCCCCCAGCCGAGUCAAUGAAGCCUCCAGAGUGCAUUUCCUGAGACAGGCUCAUGGGUCAUGUGGCUCAGAGGAGACUCAGCAGGGUUCACUGAGAGAGGAGGACGACGAGGCGCAGGAGGAGGAGGAGGAGGAGGAGGAGGAGGAGGAGGAGGAGGAUGAACCUCCCGUUCCCAUGAAGACCAGGCUCCGGAAGCAGGCUGAGAGGCAGCGAGAGAGGGAGAGGGAGCAAGAGAGACAGCAGAGGAUGCCAGAAGCAAUCAGUGUUUCUGACGGAGAGGAAGACGUCGGCUGUCCCUCCCAGUGGAACGUGGAACAAGUGUUUUCUUAUAUCAGCUCCCUGCCAGGUGGUCGCGAUGUAGCCGAAGAGUUUCGCUCCCAGGAAAUAGACGGACAGGCUCUGCUGCUUCUCACAGAGGAUCACCUGGUCAGCACCAUGAACCUUAAACUGGGACCUGCACUGAAACUCUGUGCCCACAUUAACUCUCUGAAAGAUGCAUAAACAAUUAACAUUCCUACUCUCCAAGCGUGAGGUUUGGGUUUUUUUUCUGGACCAGGAUGAAGAAAAACAGAACAAUGGUCUUAUUUUAACUCCCCGCCCCCUGCAGGGACAACAAGGAGGCACCAAUCAUCUUUAACGUUGUCUGGCUUGUCCUCAGAUUUGUACAAAGUCGGUUCAGACACAGAGCGGAUUGUGCAAAACUGAAAUCAUGACCGCACAGACCGCAGUUUUCCUGAGACCACUGCCAAGGAUUUCAUUCCUGACACCUCCAGCUGUUCCAGCUGUUAGCCUGUCACACAGCGGAGGUUUCGGCUUGAAGUCCACUCACUCUCAUGGCUGAUUUUAACACAAAGAUGAGCAGUUCCUUCUAUUACCUCUGAUCAUUCCAUUGUAGUGAUUGUAGCAUUUUUGCUCCAGUUAUCCAUUUGUUUCAAAAUGGUUUUCAAAGAUCUUUGUAUCAUUUGUAAACAAAGAGAACAUCUUAACAUUUUCAUUGUUACACAUAAAGGAUGCCGUACGACUUCAAAGUUUACAAAACAGAUUAUUGCCUACUAUCUUGGGGGCGGAGUUUGAUACAUCAUCAUCAGCAAACAGUUGUAAUUACUUAUGAAAGCUAACUGAUAA